AUGGGGUCUUAUGAAGUAUUCCUAGAGGACGCAACAUUAUUCGUUGAAAAAGCUAGAAGCCAAAAUGUUAGUGUUGAAUUUGUGGUCGAAGAAAAUAAUAUGCAUAAUUACGCCAUCGCAUGGCCUAUAUCAAGGGAUGGUGGUGCUCAAAAAGCUGUUAAACAUAUGUCUAAAUUUUUAUUUGGUGAGCAACCUGUU